AAUGUCAAUGUGUGUUGCAUCUUGGGACCAAGAGGCACUAUGAAUUGCUCUGCAUGCUGGGAGCUGUAGUUUUUACGGGGGAGCUGCGGGUGGUAUGCACAGGCCGAAUUCAUUCUAAUAGCUAUGAAGGGCUUAUAUUGGCAGCUGACUUCAUCUGCAGAAGAAACAAAUUUUGUCUUCUUAGAGAAGGAUAAUCUUGCUGUUUUACAAGACAACCAUGUAAAAGUGCAAGUUAAAGCCUGUGCUCUCAACUGGAUUGAUACGAAGCUUUUUUCAGAAAUCAAAAUGGAGAAGGAAUUUCUACCUAUUGGGAGGGAAAUCGCUGGUGUUGUGCUGGAGAUUGGGAAAAAAGUGUCCUCCUUUCAGCCACAAGAUGAGGUAGUGGGAAUUUUGCCUCUGGAUUCAGAAGAAUCUGGUUUGUGUGAAGUGAUUGUCAUUCAUGAGCAUUACUUAGUUAAUAAACCUGAAAAGGUCUCCUGGCCAAAAGCAGUCGGGACUAUACGUGAUGGUGUUCGUGCAUACACAGCUCUACACUACCUCGCCUACAUCUCUCCUGAAAAAACUGUGCUUAUAAUGGAUGGAGCAAGUCCAUUUGGUACAAUAGCUAUUCAGUUAGCACAACAUAGAGGAGCCAAGGUCAUUUCUACUGUGUACAGUCUUGAAGACAAAAAAUAUCUUGAGAGGUUUAUGCCUUCUUUGGCUCGCAUUAUAGAUGAAUCAAAUGGAAAGUAUGACCUGACAGAAAGCUGUUUGGAGGAAACUGGAGGCUUGGGUGUGGAUAUUAUCCUUGAUGCAGGAGUGAGAUUAUACAGUAAGGAAAAUGAAACAACUUCACAACAAUUGUUACCACACAAACAUGAUAUCAUUACGCUGCUCAGUGUUGGAGGCCAUUGGGUUACCACAGAAGAAAAUCUUCAAUUGGAUCCUCCAGAUAUUCGUUGCCUUUUCCUCAAAGGUGCUACAGUCUCUUUUCUGAAUGAAGAAGUGUGGAAUCUGUCAAAUUUGAAACAAGGAAAGUAUCUUUGCAUUCUAGAAGAUAUAAUGGAGAAGUUAUCAAGUGGUGUUUUUAGGCCUUAUUUGGAUGAGCCAGUCCCAUUGUAUGAAGCUAAAGUUGCUAUGGAAAUGGUUCAGAAGAAUCAAGCAAGAAAAAAACAAGUUGUCCAACUGUGAAGCACAGAUUUCUAGCUUCUAAGGCUGCACUUUUGUAUAGUGUGUAUGUAUAAAAUAGUGGUCACUGAAUAAGUAAAUCUUCAGCUAAUUAUGCAAUUACUAUUUUAAAAUUCUUUUUAAGUCUUAGGGGAAAAUGGGAGGUUUCAUUUUGUCUGUAGCCAUUUCUAAAUUAUAAAUUGAGUCUUAAACUUCUGUCUCUCUUCCCACCUCCAAAGUAAAAUCUUUGUCUUGAAGUGGU